AUGCACCAUCACCAAGAUGACCAUUGCUCAUUAGUUAAAAGCAAACUUUUCUUAUUAGAAGAUAUCACAUUCAAUCUGAAUAUUUCAGGUCAACGAUCAGGAUAUAUCGAAUUGAUAAUUGAUGACUCAGAUAUCAUCGAAACUCAUGAAAGAUUCGAUUUUAGAAAUAAUGGAAUUAUUACACAGACUUUAUCAACAAAUAUGAAAGCAAUUUUUUCGAAGUAUAGUAUUGAUUUAUCAGAUAUCGACAGUGAAAAAAUGCAACAACUUAUUGAAAAUGAAAGAGGACAACACAAAAUAAAAAUAUACCUCAUUGAUGAAGAUGGUAUCAAAUCAAAUGAAUAUGAAUUCAAUUUUACCUUAUUAUGUUCAUUCAAACCACGUAUAUAUGAAUUUUAUCGUAGGUCUUCUCCAUGGAAUUUAGGAUCUUCUGCAGAGUUUUUAUUAAAUUUCGACAUAAAAUACAUAGCUGGUCCUAUUUCAAUUUACACUUCUUGGGAUGAAUCACCAAAAAGAUUUAAUAUAAAAGCAAAUAGUAGGGGUAUGUAUUUUUAUAUUGAAGCUCCAGAUAUACCAGGUGAACAUAUAUUAACAGUUUUUCUAAUGGAUGAAAAUGGUGUGAAAUCGGAUUCAAGAACAGAUAUUGAACAAUUUAAUGAUGACCCAAGAGUUUAUGAUACAGCACCUAGCAUAGAUAUAGCUGAUAGUCCAGAUUUCGUUAUCGAAUGCAAUGUAACAGGAUUAGAUCCUGGAAAAGAAUAUUAUAUUGGUUUAAAACCGAACAACAAAACAGGUGAAGUUCAAUAUUUCACUGCAAAUUCUAAGAGUGAAUUUGUAAUCGCUUCAAUCAAUGCUCACUGUGAUUCUGAUAAUCAAAAAUAUGAAGUUUAUAUUGGAGAAAAAGAUGGAACAGCAUAUGAUCAUAUAACAAAGGAAGUUCAUGUUGCAAAAUCUUAUAAACUCUUCAAUCCACAAAUUUUCGAGAUGAAAACGGAAUUCAUGAAAGGAGAAGUAUAUUAUAUCCCAUACAUCACUGGUAUCUGGUGUAGUUUUAAAUGUUAUUUCAAUGAUACAAUUUUGGGCAUUGGGAAUUUUGAUUUUUAUUAUUCAUCUAAACCAGAUUAUUAUAUUGCACGUUUAGAUAUUCCUUAUACGUAUGCCGGCCCAUACCGCGUUUCGAUGGUUUUCGAAUAUAGGGAUGCGUUAAACACGCCAUUUGACCGGGCGUACAUUUUUUUUGUUCGCCCAAAAAUUUCGCCAUUUGAGAAAUUCAAAAAUUAA